UUUUGGGUUGAGGGGAAUGGCGCCUCUUCCUAUCAGGUUGGCUCUUCAUUGAAUCAUGCACAAUAGCCCUGUAUGUGGUGCAGCACAAGGCCGUGGGUAUAAAGCUUCUACUUCAUCUUGGCGUUGAACGAACGGUCCUUCUUCAAAGCACAUUGAAAUACUCUUCAUAUCCUUUCCUAUAUCGAUACAUUGUCCUACAUUUCACAACCUUCGACUCUAUCCGUGUGAGAUAUCCCACGGGGUGUUGUCCCAGUCUUCAUCAUGGGCGGCAAGACAUGGCAAGAGGAUGAGGAGAGGUACUUCUGGUACCGGCUGAUUCCCACGUCACCUGAAGGGCUGGACCCGGCAAUUGCAAAGAAGUCGUGGGGAGAAUGUGCUGCGCAGAUGCAACAAGACCUGGGUCAUCGCGGCCAUCGCAAGUACGGCAAGCAGAUGAUAUACGAGCACUUCUACCAGAACUGCGUUACUGGGCGUAUGUCCCCUCGCUCGCGCUACUAUGUGAUCGAUUAUAUGCGAAAGCGAGGUGACAGGCCCAUCGAGCAUGCCCCGAACGCCAAGCGCGCCAAAAAGGAGAAACCUGCCGCAGCUGCUGUUUCCAUAGCGAACGACACUGACAAGUCGAACUGCAAGGGAGACGGCACCCGUGCGCUCUUACCCAAGCCGGUACACUUUUCCAGCCCUGAUCGUGCAAAUGCCCGCGCUGCUGCACGUGUCAAGGUCCCUCGUUGCUCCGCUGACGAUGCCGCCGCAUCUGGCACGAUAUCCUCUGCCCGCGUGCCUCUCCCCUUGGCACCCGUUCGGCGGGCAACACCGUAUGGAAGGGCAAACACUGUUCGUCUUCCAUCCUUCGCUUCCCUCCUCAGGCCUCAAACCCAUGCUUGGCAGCCCAAUCACAGCAUUCGAGGCACAUGGUCUGGCUCGAAGGUUCCUUCGACUCGAGUGGCCUCCACCCCGGCAUCACCCAGAUCCAAGAUGGACAGAAACGCUACACGGGAGGUAUAUCCAAAGCAGCUGUCUGUCUUAGGGUCGAGCCGCAAUACCAGUGCUCGCCAUUGCCAUUCGCAGGAAAAGACAACAGGCACUGGUUCCAUGUCUGGAUUCGAUGCACUUCUGGCGGCUGCUGAAUCGGCUUCUGCCCAUCUCUCUCGUCAGACCUCGUCUUGCUCUGACGACAGUCAUCGGCGGGUGUCCGUGUCCUCCAGGAGCACGGUUGAUGCAUGCGACAGCAAGACCACCAAGGCCACGCUGGAGGUUGGAGAAGACAACAAGGAGAACCAUUUUACUAUUGCUCUCUGAAAUUUGAUUCUAGGCUAGCAAGGCAAUGGGUCGCUUACAUCUUCACACUGGUCAGGGCAUUUAG